CUCCUUCUAGGGGUUUUCUCUGUGGAAGAACAUCACUAUGCCUUGAGCAUUUGUCCAAGGCACAGGGCUGAUUUCGGCAUCCGCUGGAGGACAGGGAAGACCAUGUGUACAGUGCCCAAAGAAUUAGCAGUACAUAAAACUACAACUGCUAAAGGGAGCCACCGAGUGGAAAGCUUGAAGUCGGCGUUUAUUUUCAAAACCACGAACACAUGUAUUCCAGUUGGAUCACGUAAGUUGCAAACUUUUCUGCGAAGAUUGGUUAGAUAAUGGUAAUUUUUCACGGUUAAGAAUCACAUAUAAGGUGGCACACAAGGCGAGGAGUUUGCUAGCACUCUAUUAAAGAAACAGUAAGAAAUUUCCACGAGACAGUGACAAGAGAGGGGAGAGCGUGCAAGGAGAGGGAAAGGCGCUUUUAAGAUGUAUUAAUUAUCACGUGUCGCUUGUUUGUGUUACGCAGGGGUCACUUUUGCCUUGGGGGUGCGGGUAAUCCAAGCACACCUUGCAGUCCUCAUUCAAAAUUAUUGGUCUUGCGGGCAGGAAGUUCUCUUCUUUCUAUGUAUGUUUUAAAUGUAUUGUUUAUACAGUAUAUUGACAUUAAUUUCUGUUCGUCUGUUCAUUUUGUGUUGCUUUUGUUUCUCCAUUUAAAGCAAUUUGUAAACAAUGCAACGAGUAUAUCAGCAAACAGGCCAUGCCCAACCAAACUCUAGUGUUUGCUUCAGGUGGGGUGGAGCCCGUCCCCGGGGUCUCGCACCUGCAAGAGUUACCCGAGCCCCAUUUGUUGGUAAGUAGAAUAAGAAACACUAGUGUAAAUGGUUCGCUUAAGUGGCUCCUUUAACGAUGGUAUGAAAUGUUUUCCUUCCAAAAAGAAAUUCAUCAUUCAUUCUUUCAUUUCCUUUUUAAUCCUUUUUUACUUUAGGGGAUUUCUUUUCAUUUCUUUCUUUCUUUCUUAACGGGUUUGUGUGGGUGUUGGCUUAUGAAUAAAAUAAAACAAAAUAAACAUUUUAUCAUGCUUUAUAGUAAUUACACAAUAUAUUUGUUUGAACUGUUUCAGGUAGAGGGGGAAACAGGCCGCCGUUCAAGUGCAGAAACAACUAGUAGUGAGUUAUCAUCUGAUGACCUUGCAACUGAACUGAAGAGGCUGGAGAUAUCGUCAAGAGGGCGGGAUGAUGAGACGUUCCUCAGUCCGGAUACCGGAAGUCUUGUUUCUUCGACGAGUGACGAGGCCCCAACCACUAUGCAAGAACCUCGUAAAAAGUUGAACGAAUAUCUGGUUUCGAAGAACAUCCCGCCAAUAACUCAGCCCUGGAUGGAAUGGGAUAAAGCUGGAGAGAGCACUAAGAAGAGAUACACCAAAAGGACAGUGGAGAUCUUUUCUUCAGUCCUACAAGAUCUUACACCUAAUUAUGCAGGUUCUCUUUGGCAAGCGGUCGUCUCGUCCCCUGCCAUGAACAAAGCUCUUAAACUUGAUGAAUUAUCACAAACGUCCAAGAAUUAUCUUCAGGCCUUAGCAGAGGCAUACGGUAAAGCUCAAGGGUGGGAGACAAGAAGGCAGAUCUUGUCUAUCAUGUCAGGCGUUGCCAGCUUCAAUGAUAUUUCAAGAUUUAUACCAGGCUUAACUAGAUAUCGCUAUAGCUUGGCCAACCUGCAUCGCUUACAGUAUGGUAGCGGGGCUCCCACAACGCACCACCCUUCACCGAGGAUAAAGGUUGAUCUGAAGCAACUUGACCAUUUUUUAUCGUAUAUAACAAGUCCGCAUUUGGUGCAGGAUCUACCAUUUGGGCAGAAAACGUUGAAACUCUCUUCUGGCCACCUGGUUGAGAUACCAAACGUCAUAAGGACGAUGAUACCCCAAAGAAUAGCACGUCAGUACGCUCAGUACUGCCACCAAACUGGCUUUAAACCAUUCAGUGAGCGUACUAUGCUUCGUGUAUUGGAGGAAUGCAAGGCCUCGGUCCGAAAAUCUCUCCAAGGACUUGACUACGUGGCCGCAGACGGUGCGCGUGCCUUUGAAGACUUAGAGAAUUUAGUCCGCCGACUUGGAGAGCUCGGUCUCGGGAAAGAGUGGGAGUUGCAGUACGUGGAAUUGCUCAAGGGUUCAAAAUUAUACCUUAAAAGUGAUUUUAAGGUAAGGCUUAAUUAAAAAUAAUAAUACCGUAUUUUUUCGAAUAAGCGCCCAACCUCGAAAAAGCACCCACCUCGAUUAGGUGCCCAGCCUCGAAAAAGUGCCCACCCCCUUUUCCUCCCACGCAAACUAAAAUAAGCGCCCACCACCACCCCACCCCUCCCCCUCUAACCCCCCGAAAAAUAUUGAAUAAGUACUCAAGAGACUUCCCCGAAGGCGGAGUUUUCUUCAGAGUAUUUUACAGAAACCUUUUGUUACAUCUUCGCGUUUGGUACUACCAUUUAUUGUUUUGUUACAAAAUAAACAUACUACUUUUGCUGAAAAUGGUGAAAAUUUAAUAAGCGCCCAGCCUCGAAUAAGCGCCCACUCUCAAGGUCCAAAAAUUUAAUAAGCGCCCAGGGCGGUUGAUCGAAUAAAUACAGCAAUUGGAAAGAAUUUAAUCAUUCUUUACAAAGACUUUAAGUAUAACUUUAAGUAUACCAUUUAUUGUUUUGUUACAAAAUAAACAUACUACUUUUGCUGAAAAUGGUGAAAAUUUAAUAAGCGCCCAGCCUCGAAUAAGCGCCCACUCUCAAGGUCCAAAAAUUUAAUAAGCGCCCAGGGCGGUUGAUCGAAUAAAUACAGCAAUUGGAAAGAAUUUAAUCAUUCUUUACAAAGACUUUAAGUAUAAAAUUUAAAGAAUGAUUUUAAUUGUCACUAUUUGUCACAAUAAAUGCUGUGUGUUUUAAACAUCUUACAGGUCCACGUGUAGUCUACAUCUGAGAUUGCGAGUCAUUGCAGUGUGUUUGCCUUAAGUGACUCCACCAGUCCUGAUCUGCAGCAACAGUGUAGCCACAAACACGAAGAAUGCUGUGAGCAAUGUGAGAUCCUGCACUCAACUCUUCAGAACAUUUCCUCUGCAGUAGAAAGAGCAUCGUUUGCCACGCAAGAUGACAAAGAAGAGGCCCUGUUCUUAGUCAACGCUUCUGUGCUUGCCAUCCAGUCAUGGAAAUGUCAUCUGCUGAGGUCGGCUCACCAGGACCAGGCUCGUUUGGACGCUAUCGACGCUCUUGAUCAGGAGACAGUUUUUAUCGUCAACGACUGGGCGAUGAAGUUUCUUCCUCAUAGAUACCGUGAGUCCCAAACGGACUGGUUUGGCAAGCGUGGGUUAUCAUGGCACAUAUCGGUGGCGUACAGACGGAAGGAGGAGGAACUACAGUGGCAAGCCUUUAUCCACGCAGUUCAGUCCUGCAGCCAGGGGAGUUCAGCUGUAGCAUCCAUAAUGCAUCAUGUCUUGGAAACACUCAAGCACGAGCACCCUGAGAUAAACAAAGCCUACUUCAGACAAGACAACGCAGGCUGUUACCACUCCACUCGCACGAUACUAGCUUGCAGAGAGAUGGCAGCAAGCACUGGAGUAAAAGUAGUCCGCGUAGAUUUUAGCGAUCCCCAAGGCGGAAAAGGGGCAGCAGACCGGCUGGCUGCAAGCUGUAAAAGACAUAUCAGGGCGUUUAUUGAUGAAGGCAAUGAUGUUUGCACUGCCGAUGAGCUUAAAGACGCAUUAUUAUCGCAUGGUGGAUUGAAAGGUGUAAGAGUUGUUUCCCUUGAUACGAUCAUCGAAACACCUGACAGUGGGCAAACUAUUACUGGCAUUACAAAACUGAACAAUUUUGAGUUUAGCUCUACAGAGUCUGUUACCUGUUGGCGUGCGUAUUGUGUUGGUCGCGGAAAAAUCAUCAAUCCAGGAUCUUCAUCAAGUAAGUAUGGGAAUUAAAACUAAAAGUGAGCUACUGAGAAUUAAUGGAUGAGUUGCCGCUAAAUUUAAGUUCUGUAUUAAAAUGCAAAAGUGUAAGACCCUUACUUUAUUGGAGAACCUUACCAUACAAUAAUUAUCUGCAAGUACAUGUAUCAGAUACCUUUGGAGUUCCACGCAAUAUUCUUGGUUCUGAUAAAUGAAGAAAUGAUUGUCGCAGUUGUAAGAGCAAUUUAAAGAAUUACCAUUUUGUUCAAUUUUUUGGGUGGCUUAAACGGGAAAACCCAUAACUUCUACGUACGUUAGCGCGGCAGCGCUCUACUAACCGAGCUAUGAAUACCCAUGUAUUGGGAACAUACGUUUAUUUCUGUCAUGUUUGCUUUAAAAACUUAUAAAUGAUUUGAAAAAGAAUUCAGAAAACAACUCUUUAUUGGUAUUAAUUUAUUUACCCAAGGUCCUCGAUACCAAGUACUUCAGAAAUCAUUCUCCGAAGGAGAUUUUACUUCCUUCCGAUGUAAAUCUGAAAAACAGGUUGGACAGACAGCUUCAACAUCAGCAACUGUGGCCGAGCCAUCUGGUGUCAUUUCGGAAGACAGUGACCUAUCCACAGGGGUUUAUUCCUGUCCUCAAGACGGCUGCGUUCGUGUGUUCCAAAGAGUGUCUGCUUUAGAGAAACAUCUGUCGGUAGAAAAAUGUUCCCGAUCCUCGGAGAAAUAUUCUCUAAUGGAUUUAGCGAAAAUGGGGUACAAGACCCAUUUGGAAGAAGGUGUUGGCAUAUUGCCCUCUCUUAAAGCCCCAGUUGCUCACCAGGAGGGUCACUUUGUACCAAAUGAGGGAUGGGCCCUCAGAGCAGCAAAGAAGGCGUAUAGAUUCAGCGAAAAGCAAAAGUCUUACUUACUGGCGAAAUUCUCUAUCGGUCAAACAACGGGCCGUAAGCUUGACGCCGAGGUUGUGGCGAGGGAAAUGAGACGCGCCCGUGGAGCAGAUGGUGUGCGACUUUUCCAGUCCUCAGAAUUCCUAACCAGUUUGCAGAUUGCGUCCUUCUUCUCAAGGCAAAGCGCUACACUACGGCAAAAGGACCCAGCAGAUGAAGCCGAUAUCCGGGCAUCUCAAGAGGAAGCUAACUUUAGUGCAGCGAAGGAGGUCGUUGAAACUGUUCAGCUCAACCAUCCUCUGGUAUACGAUCAGUACAACCUAUGUGAGAUGGCGCUCAGUGGUAACUUGAAAGUCCUCAAGCUACCGAUGCUUCAGCGCUUGUGCGAGGAUCUCGGCCUUGAUGCACCUGUCCCGCCUGUGCGCAAGAAGGCUCCAUACUUGGCACUCUUAGAGGAAAUAGCCAAAAAGUGCACAUGCCGAAAGUAA